UUCCGCUAGGAGAACUUCUCGCGCUCUGAGAGGACGCAGGUGUCGCGCACGUGUGGAGUAUCACUAGAGAGGUAACUUUCAAACGGUGCCUUUUCAUUUCCAUACUUGUUAUUGCCUGUGUUCCUUUGGACUUGACAAUCUGAGAUGCUCCAUACAUAACUAUUAUAAAUCAGAUGUGACAUUAAACAGCUGCAGCAAAUCAAAGCAGAGCUUUGGCAAAAUAUUUCUUGUUUAAAUGGAAGGUAUGCUGGCUUUCUUCUGACCGAAACUGCAUAGAAUUUCGAAAGGAGAAAUAAAGUCCACUCAAAGCCAUGCCUCGGCCGGGAAAGAACUCCUACAGUGACCAAAAGCCUCCGUACUCCUACAUCUCGCUGACUGCUAUGGCCAUCCAGAGCUCCUCUGAGAAGAUGCUCCCCCUCAGCGACAUCUACAAAUUCAUCAUGGAUCGUUUCCCGUAUUACCGCGAGAACACUCAGCGGUGGCAGAACUCACUCCGUCAUAACCUUUCAUUCAAUGACUGCUUUAUCAAGAUCCCCCGCCGCCCCGACCAGCCGGGCAAGGGCAGCUUCUGGGCCCUGCAUCCCGACUGUGGAGACAUGUUUGAGAACGGAAGCUUCCUGCGUCGCCGAAAGCGUUUCAAGCUCCUUCGGGUGGAGCAUUCGCCAUGCAAGAGCGCCCCGGUGCUCCACUCGUACCACUCUCAUCCUCACACCCAGCAUUCUUUGCAUCAGUCCCACCAUCAUUCAGGUAAACUAGGCAUGGGCCAUCCAGAGUACCUGGGCACCAUGGGCCGCCUCUCACACUUCCAGAGCUACACGCUCAGUGGUGGGCAGAGCGGCAGCUUUAAGCACCCGUUUGCCAUUGAGAGCCUGAUUGGUCGAGACUAUAAAGGAGUGAUGGCCAGCGGCUUGCCCAUCGCAUCCGUCAUGCAUCAUCUCGGUUAUCCUGUGCCUGCUCAGCUAGGUGGCAUGGUCAACUCCGUGUGGCCACACGUCGGCAUGCUGUCCGAGUCAGUUCCAGUAUCGUCAGACUAUCCUCCAUUUGGCGUGGCUAUGAAGGGGCUGUACCAUCACCCAGGGACCCAGAGCAUGCCCGCUGUACCCGUGCCCAUUAAACCCACACCCACCCUGGGCACCGUUCCUUCUUUGACUGGCAUGACACCGGGAGUAACACAGAUAUGCCCGAGAACAGCAUCAUUGAUGGAGAGAGACGGAACAGCUCUUACGGAGGAAAAGAGCGCAUCUCUACACCCUGCUCUUCUGCAGUCCUGAAAAUUCUGAAGUGGGGGUACGUAAGAGCAUGUUUUGGGGAACAGCUGUGGACUCUUUAAUUCUUUGUUUCAGUAAAAUUGCCAACCUUUCCCACACCGGAAGAGCUGAGGAAGAAAUGUACGCCACUUAAUUUCCUGAAUUCUAUACUGUACUUUUGGAAACUAUAUUAUGUGCAUUUUUCAGCGUGUAUAUAAGACUAUUGUGUAAUGUGCAGAGGACAAACUGUCUCUGCAAUUUAGAUUUUUUUUGCUUCAUGUAGAAUAAACCAAGUGAUGUAACUGCCGCGUUUUAACUAUAGGUAAACUUCCAGACAAAUUUUUCUGUCUAUUACAGAGACCAUUUCUUAAGGACUGUAAAAUGGAAUAAAGGGAAACCUGUCUUAAAGUGCCCUAUUGCACUGUUAUUUAGAAAAAUUAACAUUUUAACACUUAUGAGACAAGCCUUAGAAAAGUUAAGACUACACUGUAUGGAUUUAAAAAAAACGUGUUUGCACAAACUGUGACAUACCUAGCAUGCAUGUAUGCCACUGUUAACACAGUGAAGUAGAUUCUGAAAGUCAUGAAUGAACCCAAAUUGAAUUUACUAAAUGUUGUAAUACUGUAUAAUAGAUACCGUAAAUAAUAUAUGGUUCAAUAUGAUCUCAAAUGUUAUACAUGUAAAUAUGUACAGAAUAUGAUCACUUACAGUAUUUGAAUUGCACUUGUGGUAUUUACUAACACAACAUUAAAAUAUUUAUGAAAACCUAAACAAUCAAAUGUACAGUUAAAGUGAUUAAUAACCACGACUGGUUUAUGUGUGGCUGUUUAACAGUGAUGUGUCAAGAUGAAAUGCAAUGGA